AUGAUUACACAUCUUAAACGUUAUAUAACAAUUAUUCAAGAUUCUGAUGUUUAUCCAGUUAUUUAUGAUUCAAAUAAUGUUGUUCUUUCGCUUCUACCUGUUAUUAAUAGUGAUCAUAGUAAAAUGAGUAAUUUAAGCGAUCGAUCUCAAAAUGUAUCAGUAGAAAAAAAGAUGAAUCAACGCAUUCGAAUAGAAGCAGAUGCUCAAAUGGCAGCAAAGCUUUUAAAUCGAAUGAGUCUUCGAACGAAAGUUCUUGAUUCAGAUACACUUCAUGUUGACAUACCAGUGACAAGAGCCGAUAUUUUACAUUUUUGUGACAUAGCAGAAGAUUUUGCAGUAGCCUAUGGAUUUAAUAAUAUAGAAAAAAAAACAGUUCCAAAAACUAGUUGUAUUGGAAAUCAAUUUGAACUUAAUCGAGUAUCGGAUCUUAUACGACAUUCAGUUGUUGAAUAAACUGGUAGUCGAUAUGAACGCUGUUUAUGUGAGAUCUAUUAUAAUCAUACACCAGGCUUUGAAAUAAUUCAUGGUUUACUUGAUCGAAUUAUGACAUUAGUUAAAGUUUCAUAUAAUGAAAAUAAAACGAAUGAUAUAGACGAUUAUUUAAAUAAUCAAUAUGAAAAUAGUGUAUUUUUUCCUGAUCAACAUGCUGAAAUAAUUGUCUAUGGUAAAAAUCUUGAUGCUAUUGGUGUUCUUCAUCCAAAUGUUAUUGAACAUUUUGGUUUAAAAUUCCCUUGUUCUAUUCUGGAAUUAAACAUUGAACCAUUUGUUUAA